AUGGUUGAGAAGAUGCCAAUUGAAACUUUGGUCAUCAAGAAAAUAGAGGAUCUGGAUGACGAGAACAAUGAAAUCAUUCAAGAUGAAUCCGUCAAGAAAGAGCUCCUCACUUUCAUUGAUAGUAUCCCGAAUCGUCUUAUCAAGAAGGAACAAGUUGAAAAAGUAGAGGUUAGAGACUAUGACAAGAAGGUGAGAGAAAUGGAAAGUAAACUCUCGGAAAUGGCCAAUCAAAUUGAGAGAAGAAGACAAGAGAAUGAACAAUUGAUGAGGAAUGCAGAGAAUAUGCAAAAUCAACUCAGCAGAGAGAUUGAAGUUAAUGAAAAGAACACAAUACAAUACCAAGAAAAUAUGAAAUUAAUGAGAGAGAACAAUGAUAAAAUUUUGGAUUUAAUGAACAAAAAUCUCGAGGAACAAAAAAUUGAAACUCAAAAGGCCAAUGCAAGAGCUGAAGAAGAUCGUAGAAGAGCUGAAGAAGCAAACAAAAGAGCUGACGAAGCAAGAAGAAACAGUGGUGGUGGUGGUGGAAUAUUAAAGAAAAUAUUUGGAAAUUCUUAUGAAAUUCUCAUGUGUUAG